AUGAGUGCUCCCAAAAACGUGGCCGAACUGCGUUCGUUUUUAGGAAUGGUAAAUUUUUAUGGUAAAUUCGUUCGCAACUUGAGUUCAUAUUUGCAUCCACUGUACCAGCUAGUAAAAAAAGGGGUACAUUGGCGCUGGGGUAAGGAGGAGGAGGCAGCAUUUAGACAGGUGAAGAGGUUACUAGUCAGUACGGACGUGCUGGUGCAUUUUGAUAUUUCACAACAGUCGGUGGUUACUUGUGACGCGAGUUCGCACGGCCUCGGGGCCGUGCUAGCCCGGCGCGCGCCCGACGGUACCGAACGCGUCGUGGCAUAUGCCUCGCGGUCUCUAACUGCACACGAGUUGCACUACAGCCAGAUUCAUAAGGAGGCACUAGCAAUAGUAUUUGCCGUUAGUAAGUUUCACCAGUACCUUUAUGGUCGUAGGUUUACGCUGCGUACAGACCACAAGCCGCUGGUUAGUAUUUUUGGACCAAACAGCGGAGUGCCGGUUACCGCCGCGAGCCGCCUACAGCGUUGGGCGAUAGUGCUUUCAGCUUACGAUUUCGAUAUCGAGUACAUUUCGACCGAGAAAAAUACGGCGGACGCUCUGUCUAGAUUAAUUAAAUCAUACAAGGAUGAAGCGGUGGAGGAGGCGGGCCAGAUACCUGAACAGACUUAUCUGCAUUUUGCCGCAGACGCUUUAUUGUUGGAUUAUAACAAAUUGAAAACCUCAACGGCCUCGGAUCCGAUUUUAAGCAGGGUUUUAGGUUACAUUAAAGACGGUUGGCCUGCGGAAUGCGAAAUGAGAGAGUUAAGCCCUUACUUUAAUAGGAAAAACGAAUUAUAUACGGAAUUAGGUUGCAUCUUAUGGGGUCACCGAGUGGUCAUACCAAUAUCAUGUAGGGUCAGAGUAUUAAAGGAACUUCAUGAGGCUCACAUGGGCAUUGUGAAGACAAAAAGCUUAGCGAGGGGCUACGUGUGGUGGCCUGGACUUGACGAGGCUAUCGAGGCGCAAUGCCGCGAAUGCGGCGUGUGCGCCGCCGCGUCCAGUGCGCCGCCGGCGCACGCGCCGCGUAUGUGGGCGUGGCCGGACAGACCGUGGACUAGGAUACACCUCGAUUUCCUCGGCCCGGUCCGGGGAAAAACAUAUCUAAUCGUCGUGGAUGCCUACUCAAAGUGGAUUGAGGCCAUAAAGAUGAAUAGCACUUCGGCGGCGGCGGUAAUACGGGUGCUUAGGGAGUUGUGGUCUAGGUUCGGCAUUCCGAAACAAGUAGUUAGCGACAAUGGGCCUCCGUAUUCGAGUACAGAGUUUAAAAAUUUCUUAUCAUCUAAUGGCGUAGAUCAAGUACUCUCGGCCCCGUACCACCCGGCUUCGAAUGGAGCGGCCGAGAGUGCAGUAAAAAUAUGCAAAGCGGUAAUUAUAAAAGCUUUAAAAGAAAAUUUAGACGCGGAGACCGCACUGUGUAGAUUUCUUUUGCAAUAUCGAAAUACCGAACAUAGCACGACAGGAGAGAGCCCUGCGAAACUUUUACAGGGACGUUCGCUGCGAACUAGGUUAGAUUGCUUAAGACCGGAUCGAGGGGAUCACGUCCGAGCGGCACAGGAGCGGCAGCGGCGCGCGGCGGGCGGCGUCGAGCGCGAGCUGCGCGCGGGCGAUCCGGUCUGGGUACGACAGUAUCGCGGUGACGAUAAAUGGAUGCCCGGCACUGUACGAGACAGGCGCGGAGAUACUGAUUAUAUUGUAGACACUGACAAUGGAACCGGGGUUCAUAGACAUAUUGACCAAUUGAAGAGCAGGAGGGUAACGCUAAAUAACGAGGGAGGUAGUGUAGCUAAGCGCAAUUCGCUUGUGUUUCCUGGUAAUGACGAGCCGGUUACCCAGUUGGACGAGGAUGAACUGAGGGAUGAGACGAGCUGGUCCAGGAGUAGCGAUGAGAACGAGCGUGAGCGUAGCGCCGAGCCGGUAGUGGCGGAUUCGGCCGCGUCCCCAACUGCGCACACAGCGGCUCCAUGUACCGAUAGAAUGCCCAAAAAGUCACCUGAUCCAUCCUCUGGGGCCCAAUUGCCUACUGACAGUCUGGUCAAUGCACCCAGGGUACCUAGAAUCCGCAAACCCCCGUUCAGAUUCGGGUUUGAAGAUAUAUUUGUUAUUAGUAAUAAUAGCUAA